GGCCUCAGCAUGGACAGAGAAAGCUGCCAAGCUCCGUCAGGUCAUCACGGACGUCGUCCCCGUAGACGUGCACCGGCCUCAGCCUCUGGCCCUUGAUGACCUUCCUUCAGCGGGGGCCGACUGUCUCGUGUCCUGCUUCUGUCUGGAGAGCGUCAGCCCCGACUUGGCUGCCUUCAACAGGGCCCUGGGCCACAUUGGGAGGCUCCUGCGGCCCGGUGGCCACCUCCUGCUCAUCGGAGCCCUGGGAGAGAGUUAUUAUUUGGGGGGCCCUGGCGUAAAGAUCCCUGUGAUUCCACUGAAUGAGGCCCAGGUCUGUGUUAGUUUGAAGGAGAACGGCUACACCCUGAUCAGGCUGGAGGUUUACAUACUGCCUCAGGACAUGAGGGUGGGGGUCGAUGAUGUGUCUGGGGUGUUUUUUGCAAAAGCAAGAAAGGAGUAA